UACCCACAUUCCCCAGCCAACACCACCCUGUAAAGCCUGAAUCAAAUACACAACAAGAGGAGAAAAUAACGAGCACCUCAUGAAGAGCAGCUGGGAAACAUCCACACACACUACAGCAUUCAGAAGACCCACUGUCUCAGUUUCAUCUUGUGGAUGUACUGUCUAAGGACGGAGGAGAGUAGAAAAGGACUGGAGAGAAAGUAUUUGCUGAAUGGGCAUGGAAGACCAAGAGACUGAGCUGCCGAUGGACCCGGAAAUCUGCUUCGAUCCGCUGUUCAUCGACGAGGAAGAUAAGUAUGGGGACGAUGGUGCUGAAGAGGAGACAGGCGCUUCAUUCCAGCCUCUACUGGGAGAUACCAGAACAGACACAGUCCUGACGGGCUCAGCUCACAGUCAGUCCUCCCUAUCGGAUACCUGCAGAGAGACACACCUGGAUGAGACACGAGCCCAGUUCAAGGACAUGGACACCAUGUUUAGAAGUCGUGUCGGAGAAACGACAGACUCGUUUGGGUCUCACCUGUCGACGACGGCCCAAAUUAACACACACCUUAUUGGGUUAGGACAGAACCAGCCACACCUUAGUGGGGUAGGACAGAACCAGCCACACCUUAGUGGGUUAGGACAGAACCAGCCACACCUUAGUGGGUUAGGACAGAACCAGCCACACCUUAGUGGGUUAGGACAGAUCCAGCCACACCUUAGUGGGUUAGGACAGAACCAGCCACACCUUAGUUGGUUAGGACAGAUCCAGCCACACCUUAGUGGGGUAGGACAGAACCAGCCACACCUUAGUGGGUUAGGACAGAUUCAGCCACACCUUAGUGGGGUAGGACAGAACCAGCCCCACCUUAGUGGGUUAGGACAGAUUCAGCCACACCUUAGUGGGGUAGGACAGAACCAGCCCCACCUUAGUGGGUUAGGACAGAUUCAACCACACCUGAGGGAGAUGGAUGACCUAUUGAAGAGUUGUGAAGACAUGACAGGUGUCUCCAUCGACUCCUGCCUGUCCACCAUGUACACAGACACACACCUGUCUGGAGCAGCUCAGAACCAGAAUCAGUCAGACAUACAGAAGAUGGUUGCUAUGAUGGGGAGCUGUGGUGGUAAUGAGUGUCACACAGGUGGAUCCAUCCUGACCUACACAGACACACACGUGGAGGAGUCUAGGAACCAGUGCCAAAGCCACCUGAAGGAGGUGGAAUCCAUUUUGGAUCAGAGUGGAGCCACAGGAGCCGCUGUCCAGCCUCAGUUGCCUCCUCUUACCGCCGCAGGCACUCAGCUGAGUGGCACUAUGGCUGAGUAUCAGACCGAGCUAAUGGCGAUGCUGGCCAUGUUAGAGAACUGUAUGGAGGAGGCAGGGAUUACCUUUGACCCUUUAGAGUGGACUUACCCUAGUUUACCCAAAGGAUACGGCCAACCCAACCCCAACAUGAAAAAGGUACCACAAGACAGACACAUGGAGAGAGGAGUAGCAACACAAGGACACAAGGAGUCUGUGGGAUGUGUGGAUAUGAAGCCAUAUUUGGGAAGUACCUUUGGCCAAUUUGAGCCCCCAAGCUACCAAGCUAUCUCCACAGAAAGACACUCGGAUGAGUUAGGAGACUGUGGAGAUACACACACAAGAGAGUCCAUGUCCACGGUGGUAUGUGACGAGGACACAGAAGGACAUGUCUACGGUGUUUCUGUGGGGGACACAGAGGCUCACAUUAUCUGGGGUCAACAACUAGAGACAGGGCUGGGAGGGGUGGAGAUGAGGGGAUCCGUGCAGGAGUUGGAGGUGCUGGGUACUGCGCUAGAGGGGUGCAUCGAGGAGGUGGAGAAACUGGAGAAGAGACGGAAUGAACUGAUGGGAGAGCUGCAGGCACUGAGAGAGGAGAAGACGGGGACAGAGGAAGGGAGUGAAGGAGGGCAGGCGGCACAGUUAAGCCAGGUGCUGAAUAUUGAGGCAGACGGGAGGAGGGAGGCGCGGAUGAGGGAGUGGCAGUCUUUGAGGGCUGAGAGGAGUGAGGAGCAGAGGAGGCUGUCCAGUGUGCGUCUGGAGAGGCAGGGUCUUCAGGAGGAGAUUAGGAGGCUGAAGAGGAGGCUGUUCUCUGUCGCCAGGGAGUGUGCUCACAACCAGGUCACCCUGGCAACCCAGCAGCGUGAGGUUGCCCUGCUAAACAAAGAACAGCUGGAACUUGACGCACUGAUCAUCAAGCUGACGGAGGAGGUGUCUCAGCUUCGCUCCACCCACCAGUCCCAGCUCUCCACUCUGCAGUCCCAGCUCCAGACCCACAGCCAGACACCCAACCCCAUAGAGGAGAUGACCCAGAGCAAGAGGAACUCCUGUGGGGAGUUACAGCAGUACCUGCAGGGGGGGCUCAAGGCCCUGGAGGAAAGGUAUGAGCCAAUGCUGCUGGCCCUGUUGAAGCGGAGGGAGGUGACGUCAGAGGCCCUGGUGAAGGCCAGGCAGCAGGCCCAGGAGCUGAGGGCCCGCCGGGGGCCCCUGAGGGAGGAGGGACAGAGGCUGGGGCUGCAGAGAGCCUGCCUGGAGGAGAGACUCAAACUGACGGAGACACACAGGAGAGAGGACGUGGAGCAGUAUAGGGAGACAGUGGACAGGCUGGAGGAGACCAGCAGAGAGCAGAAGAUGGAGCUACAAAUUCAGAAGAGGAAAACCAAGGAAAUGGAGGAACUGAGAGACAGUCUUACGAAAGAAGUCUACCUGUACAGAGGCAUCGUCGAGGACCAUAACAAGAAUGAUCUCACCAGUGUGAGGGAGGAAACAUGACCGCUGGGACUAAUAGAAGUCAAAUAUAAUAUGACUGUACAUAUCAUUAAGAACACCUUCCUAUUAUUGCUUUGCAGUUCUUGACACAAACCGGUGCGCCUGGCACCUACUACCACACUCUGUUCAAAGGCAGUUACACAUGUUGUCCAUUCACCCUCUGAGUGACACACAUAUACAAUCCAUGUCUCAACUGUCUCAAGGCUUAAAACUCCUUCUUUAACCCCGUCUCCUCCCCUUCAUCUACAUGUCUCCUCCCCUUCAUCUACAUGUCUCCUCCCCUUUCAUCUACAUUAACAAGUGACAUCAAUAAGGGAUCAUAUCUUUCACCUGGAUUCACCUGGUCAGUCUAUGUCAUGGAAAGAGCAGGUGUUCUUAAUGUUUUGUCCACUCAGUGUAAGUCAGUUUUAGGUAACGAGACGAACUGCCCUUUGUCUGUACACAGUCACUUCUAUUAUAACCUGCUUUACAAAUAUACUUUUCAGAUGCAUGUGUGAGUAUUAUCUGGAACGAUAAGAGAGAGACAUUGAAAAUGUUUUUUUUUUUUUUUUAAACAAGGGAAAAAGAAAGAUGGCUGUUUCGUACACUGGCAGCUGAAACCUGAGUUACCAAUCAGGUUUGGAAAGCGGUCUCUUUUAAACAUCAAAAUCUCAACAACAUCAUUAUCAUUCUAUAUUUAGACAUUGUUAAACAUCUGUAGAGCAGAAGGUUCUGGAACAGUCUGAAGAUAGAUGUGAUUUUUGUAUUCUUUAUAGAGAGCAUUGCGGUCAUGAAUACAUUUUU